UGUACAGUGCGCAUGCGUGGCUGUGUUGACACGUCGGCCGGAGGAGUGUCAGCAACAGGGGCAGCAGGGAGGCGGACAACAUUUUACCCAUUAACUCUUCUGCCACACUUCUCCACCAUGCCGCUGCGAUUAGAUGUGAAGCGGAAGUUGACGGCUCGGUCCGACCGGGUCAAGUCGGUGGACCUUCACCCCACCGAGCCCUGGAUGCUGGCCUCCCUCUACAAUGGCAACGUGCAUGUUUGGAACACUGAGAGUCAGCAGCUGGUGAAGAGCUUUGAGGUAUGUGACUUGCCUGUGCGAGCCGCCAGGUUUGUGGCGCGCAAGAACUGGGUGGUGACGGGCUCGGACGACAUGCAGGUGAGGGUGUAUAACUACAACACCCUGGAGAGAGUUCACCAGUUUGAGGCACACUCGGACUACGUGAGGUGCAUCGCUGUCCACCCCACCCAGCCCUUCAUCCUUACCUGCAGUGACGACAUGACGAUCAAGCUGUGGAACUGGGACAAGAAGUGGAGCUGCCAGCAGGUGUUCGAGGGCCACUCCCACUACGUGAUGCAGAUCGUCAUCAACCCCAAGGACAACAACACCUUCGCCUCGGCCUCCCUUGAUCGCAUUGUCAAGGUGUGGCAGCUUGGGUCACCACAACCCAACUUCACUCUCGAGGGUCACCUGCGGGGAGUGAACUGUGUGGACUACUACCAUGGAGGAGACAAGCCAUACCUCAUCUCCGGAGCCGACGACAGCCUGGUCAAGAUCUGGGACUAUCAGAACAAGACAUGCGUACAGACACUCGAGGGCCACUCCCAGAAUGUGUCCUCAGUGGCCUUCCACCCCGACCUUCCCAUUAUUCUCACUGGCUCCGAGGACUGCACCGUGCGAGUGUGGCACGCCAACACCUACCGCCUGGAGAACACCCUCAACUAUGGGCUGGACCGAGUGUGGUGCAUCUCCGCUCUCAAGGGAUCGAACAACGUGUGUAUUGGCUAUGAUGAAGGCAGUGUGAUGGUCAAGGUUGGGCGUGAGGAGCCGGCAAUGUCCAUGGAUGUGAGUGGCAAGAUUGUGUGGGCGAAGCAUUCAGAGAUCCAGCAGGCUAACCUCAAGGCCAUGGGAGAGGCAGAAUACCAGGACGGCGAGCGUCUGCCCCUGGCCGUGAAGGACCUGGGGGCAUGUGACAUCUACCCUCAGACCAUCGCCCACAACCCCAAUGGAAGGUUUGUGGUGGUGUGCGGCGACGGGGAGUACAUCAUCUACACAGCCAUGGCCCUGCGCAACAAGGCCUUUGGUCCCGCCCUGGAGUUUGUGUGGGCGCUGGAUUCCUCUGAGUAUGCCAUCCGGGAGUCUAACUUCAGUGUAAAGCUAUUCAAGAAUUUCAAGGAGAAGAAGGCAUUCAAACCAGAUUUUGGAUGUGAAGGGAUCUAUGGCGGGUACCUGCUUGGCUGCCGGUCCAGCACCACCGGCCUUGCCUUCUAUGACUGGGAGAGCCAGGAGCUGGUGCGCCGCAUUGAGAUCCAGCCCCGCCAGGUGUUCUGGUCUGAGAAUGGCGACUAUGUGUGCAUUGCCACCGACAACAACUAUUUCAUUCUCAAGUACAGUCCCGAAGCUGUUGCCAACGCCAGAGAGAAGAAGGAAGGAGUGACAGAGGAUGGGAUUGAGGAUGCUUUCGACCUUGUGGGUGAGGUUCAAGAGGUGGUGAAGACUGGCAAAUGGGUUGGUGACUGCUUCAUCUACACAAACUCUGUCAACAGACUCAAUUAUUAUGUUGGUGGUGAGAUUGUAACCAUCGCCCACUUGGACAGGACGCUGUACCUCCUCGGCUACAUCCCCAAGGAGAACCGGCUUUACCUCGGUGACAAGGAGCUCAACGUGGUGUCAUACGAACUUCUUGUGUCCGUGCUUGAGUACCAGACGGCCGUGAUGCGCCGAGACUUUACCACGGCAGACCGGGUGCUUCCAACCAUCCCGCCAGCGCACAGGACAAGGGUGGCGCACUUCCUGGAGAAGCAAGGGUUCAAGAAGCAGGCCCUUGCUGUGUCCACUGACCCAGAGCACAAAUUUGACCUGGCCCUCAGCCUUGGGGAGCUGGAGGUGUGCCAUCAGCUGGCGGCCGAGGCAGGCUCUGAGCACAAGUGGAGGCUGGUGGCAGACCUGGCGCAGCAGAGGGGAGACCUGCAGAUGGCCCAGACCUGCCUGCUCCGGGCACACGAUUACCCGGGGCUCCUCCUGCAGGCUACUGCCACAGGCAAUGCAUCCUUCAUUCGGGAGGUGGGGAAGGAGGCAGAGGGCCAAGGCAGAAACAACGUGGCUUUCUUGUCACACUUCCUCACUGGUAACCUGAAGGAGUGUCUGGAGCUGCUCAUCAAGACCAACAGGGUUCCCGAGGCAGCCUUCUUUGCCAGAACUUACAUGCCAAGCGAAAUCUCUCGUGUGGUCGGGCUGUGGAAGGAGGUGUCGGGAGAGAAGAUUGCACAGACUCUUGCUGAUCCGGCCCAGUAUGACAACCUCUUCCCAGGCAUCAAGGACGCCCUCAAGACCCAGCAGUACUUAGAGAGGGAAACUAAACCUAUUCCAGCUGCCUCCACCUCCUCUGUGCCGGGUAACCAUGAGCGUGAUGCACAAGAGGAGAUGCGUGCAGCUGAGGCGGCGGGAACCUUUGUCUACCAGCCGCCUGAAGGGGAGGACCAGGAGUUUGUUGAUGCCCCACAGCAGCUGGAGACACAAGGUGCCUCAAGUGCGUUGAAAGAAGAGUCAUUGUUCUCUGUAACCAUGAGUGAACCCGUCUCCGCUCCGCCUCCUUCUGCACCUCUCUCUGCUGGCCUUCCAGGAGACCUAAUGAUGCCCACCCUUGCCAUGCCCUCUGCGCCUGACACAGUGUGUGAUGAGCCUCUAAAGAAAGGAGGCGAAGAUCUUGAAUGGGGAGAUGAAAUAGGGAUCAGAGAAGACGAUGAUGAUGAUGAAGACAUGUUAGGGUGUAAAGCCUCCCGGGUGUUUGCCACAAAGAAGGUGGAAGAUGCUGCGUUAGAGGCCAUGGGUGAGGAAGGUGUGUUGGGCCAGGAAGUGAAUGAUCCAGAGAUUUCAUCUGAAACUGCUAAAACUGACUACACGAAGGAAGAAGCUCAGAUCAUAAAAGGCAUGAGCAAAAUGUCAUGUGCUGCUCAGCCAGAAUUUUCUCUCUUAACUGAAGACGAGGAAGCCAUUACACUGGCAGCGAGUAGAGCUGCUAAGGAAAGCCUCUCCACAGAGGACGGUAAAGAUUGUACCAACAUGGAAUUAAAGGAAGAUGAGGAAUUCCUGCUGCCACUGAAGAAGGAUGAAGAUGUUUUGUUGCCUGUGAAAGAAGAUGAAGAGAAUCUGUUGCUGGUGAAGGAAGAUCCCGAGAAUGUCCAGCCAGUAGAUGAAGAUGCAGGAAUUCCCGUGCAAGGAGUGAGAGUAAAAAUAUCACUCCCUGUUGAGGAUGAAGAUGAUAUUCUGCUGCCCAGGAUGGUGGAUGAGGCACUAAAACCACAAGAUGAGGGGAAAGAGGAGCAGAGGCAGGCUCCUGAAGCUGCAGCAGUAUCUAAUAUCCCCACUAGUUCCCCUGAGUCUCCCCUGGAGUGGGACAUUGAUGGCGCAGAGGGCUGGGAGCCAGAGGAAGAGGUGGAGGAGAUGAUAGUGCAUCGAGACAGCUGUCAGAACUGGUUAGAGGACAAUGCCGUCGAGCAACAGGCUGGAAGAGAUGCUCAGACAACCCCUGCAAUUUCUUUUGAGUUUGGAAUAAGGUCCUUUGAAGAGCUUGUCUCACCUGGGCUGAUACUAAACAAGGCCUUCCCUCAAGCAGCACCUGUAGGAAUGCCUCCCCCCCUCCUGCCCCUACCCAGGGAUCUGGCUGGGGGGAGUCACAUAGCAGGUGGGGCAGCAGCCCGGCCCACCAUAGACCAGGCUCAACUGGAGAGAGAGCUGGAGCUGGAUAUUGAGAAAGUUCGCAUUGAAGACAACAUUGACCCUAAUGAUCUAAACCUGGAUGAGGAGGAGUUGCUAGCAGACUGAGGAGCUGCCAGGGAGAGUUGGCAAGGGAUCAGCAACUCUUUACAACAUUAGAAUAAAACAGGUGGACAGCUGAGUGUGGUGCUGCCGGGGCGAGUUGGAAGGGAAUCAGCGAGUUUAUUACUGCACUAAAAUAAGACUGUUAUGUACAUAGAAGUUAUAUUAUAUGAAUGAAUGUGAACUGUAGGCCAUCCUCAUGUUUGAAUGCUUAUAUCUUUUGCAGGGAAAAGCAAAAGGAAGAUAGAGUAAGAGAUUAUUUUGAUUUUUUUCUGCUUAUAACGAGAUCAAGACUAAAAUUAUAAGGUGAGGGAAGACCUUUAGUCCAGUAGUAAAUAUUUGUCUGUUAGUGUGGAUAUAUUUUUAUGGCUGAUAGAGUAGACACAGCAUAACUUUUGACUUAUUUAAUUUUGUUAUAAAGUUCAUUCCAUGUCAAACUUUUUACACUUAAAAAAUAAAAAUAAAUCAGAACAAACCAAAACUGUUUUCUCUCAUGCAAUGGCCAAAAUAAUUAGGAUAUAAGAAAGACUGUGCAUAACUAGUUUGUAUUAUUUAAUGCAAAGUAGUAUCUUGAGAUUAUAUAUAUUGGGAGAUGAAUACCAUAUCUUCAUCCUAUUUCAAAGCUCUGACAUUUGACUGAAUCUUUUCCUCCGUGGUGAUAUAUAAGUGAAAUAAACAGUAAGUCGCAUUCA